UGUGUGCACGACAAAAUGCAGCUACUCAAUUUUAUGUGCCUCAAACAAAAGGUUGCGCACAUCGCCAACAACAACAACCAGAGCCAGAGCAAAGCAGCAACUUCGGCAGCAAACGAAUCAAAUCAAUUAUUUGGUUGCUUUGCCAAGAAGGAGAAGCGCCAGCAAGAGGAGCGGGAAGAGCAAGAGAAGCCACAGCCAGCAGCCAGAGAAAGUUCCCACUCGGGCAGCUACAACGUGCAGCAGCAGCAGAAGCGUUUGUCCAGCGUGAGCUUAGCAGGAGGACAUCCCGCGAUCUAUCGGCAGCAGGACGAGGAAUUCCAUCCCAGACAGGAGCAGGCUGCACCUAAGAGAGACAGUUUUGUGGUGUGCAAGCAACCGCAAGCGAGAGCCAGGCAUCCACAGCAGCGUUCGCAGAGCCAACCGGCGAUAUCACAGCAGCCCCGCAGACGUCCAGGAACACCGCCACCGCACGCCGCCGGCACAGCCAAGAGCAUGACCUCCAUACCCGCCACCCUGUCCAGCAACAAUGUGGCCGCCGCUGGAGCGGCCAAUGUGCCCGAGAAGCAGCCGUGGCCCAACUCCAAGGAUGACUACGAGCUGCGCGACGUCAUCGGUGUGGGUGCAACGGCGGUGGUGCAUGGCGCCUACUGCAUACCGCGCAACGAGAAGUGCGCCAUCAAGCGUAUCAAUCUGGAGAAGUGGAACACCUCGAUGGACGAGCUGCUCAAGGAGAUCCAGGCGAUGUCGUCGUGCAAUCACGAGAAUGUCGUCACCUAUCACACAUCGUUCGUGGUGCGCGAGGAGCUGUGGCUGGUGCUGCGCCUGCUCGAGGGCGGCUCGCUGCUGGACAUCAUCAAGCACAAGAUGCGAACGUCCAACUGCAAGCAGGGCGUCUUCGAUGAGGCCACCAUUGCCACGGUGCUGAAGGAGGUGCUCAAGGGCCUCGAGUAUUUCCACUCCAACGGGCAGAUUCAUCGCGACAUCAAGGCGGGCAACAUCCUCAUCGGCGACGAUGGCACCAUCCAAAUCGCUGACUUUGGUGUGAGCGCCUGGCUGGCCACGGGCCGGGAUUUGUCGCGCCAAAAGGUGCGGCACACUUUCGUGGGCACACCCUGCUGGAUGGCCCCGGAGGUGAUGGAGCAGGAUCAUGGCUAUGAUUUCAAGGCGGACAUUUGGUCGUUUGGCAUUACGGCCAUUGAGAUGGCCACCGGAACGGCGCCGUAUCACAAGUAUCCGCCAAUGAAGGUGCUCAUGCUGACGCUGCAGAACGAUCCGCCCACAUUGGACACGGGCGCCGAUGAUAAGGAUCAGUACAAGGCCUAUGGCAAGACAUUCCGCAAGAUGAUCGUCGAGUGCCUCCAGAAGGAGCCCUCGAAACGGCCCACUGCCAGCGAGCUGCUGAAGCAUGCGUUCUUCAAGAAGGCCAAGGAUCGCAAGUACCUCACCCAGACACUGCUCCAGUCCGGUCCCAGCAUGGAGACGCGCGUCCACAAGGCGGCCAAGCGGCAGCCGGGUGCCUCCGGUCGCCUGCAUCGCACCGUCACCGGUGAGUGGGUGUGGUCCAGCGAGGAGGAGGACAAUGGCGGCACCAGCGGCGGACGCAAGCAUCCCUCUUCGGACUCUGAUUCGGAGGAUCGACCGAUGAAUCGGUUGGAGCGUGCCGACUCCUCAGACAGCGAUCGAGAGGAUCCCUCGCCCGAGAUUACGCACAGCGUCUCCUCGACGACUGUGACGCCAGGAACGGGACAGAAUGCUGCCGCUGCUGCCGCCGCUGCCAGCACUCAGGAGGUAACCGCCGGCGUGGCCCAGAUGCCCCUGCCCAGUGAAGAGCGAGGGGGCGAGGAGGCACCGCCCGUCAAUCUGGUGCUGCGCAUGCGCAAUCUACGCCGCGAACUGCACGACAUACGCUUCGAGUUUAUGGUGGGCAAGGACACGGCCGAGGGCAUUGCCACGGAGCUGGUGGAUGCCGGUUUAGUGGACGCACUGGACACACAGCCAAUGGCCCAGCAUUUGGACCAGCUGAUAGCACAGUGUGCGACCAUGAAGACGAUCACGUUCCAGCUGAGUUCGGGCGUCCAGCCCGGCGAGGUGCCCGACGAGCGUUCGCUGGUGGGCUAUGCGCAGAUAUCCAUCACAGACUAGAACGAGGAUGGGCUGUCCGGCGGCCCAGUGCCUUAAAUGCAGCUCUAAACCUAACAGCUCUCCCUCACACACACACACACACAAUCCUCGCCACAAGCACCAGCACUACCCUCCCCCUUAGGCCAGUGGGCUGCAAGCAGGAGUGGAAAGAACCCGGAAACGGAAAUGGAAACGGAAUGUGGCCGUUUUGCUGCUUUUAGCACUAGACUAGAACUAACUGUAAAUGCUAGUGAUAGAUGUUAAUGCGAGCCGAUCGUUUUACUAUAGAAAUUUAUCAAUGUAUCGUAUAUGCCCCGCUCCCCUCUCUCUCUUCUAUAUGUAUUUCCAAUGCGCAUUGUAAUUACUCCAUGUGUAGCCUAUCCCACUCUCUGCUGUAAUUCAAGAAUCGUGUACUUAUUCGUUUUCGUUUCGUUCGUUUUUAAGUAGCGCGCUCCACCCCCCACCCUACCCCCGCUCUGUAUAUAAAUCUGUUUUCGAUUAGCACCGCCCACCCACCCACACAAAGGCGCCUCUAAUUUAUUCUCUAGCAAUCGUAAACUUUACUUUUUAAAGCCUAGCGCCUAAGUCUUUUGUUUUUUUGUUUUUACUCUUCCCCCCGCUCCACUCUCGUACUCUAUGCUACGAAUUCUGCAAGCUGUCUACCCCCUUACCCUGUAGUUGUUAAGCCUGCAACGAGAUGCAACAUUAAACUGUAAGAGAAAACAACCAGUAAGGGCGCCCCUGGAGGAGCAACCAAAACCAACCCAACACAGGGCAUGGUACAGUUGUGUCUGCCUAUUCUUAGUUUUUACUUUAUAUAAUUCAAGCUCUGUAACUACGAUGAAGUAAUACCGUAAAGUAAAGCCCCAAAGUAAUUUUAGAACACUGAUGAAUAUUAUUUAAAAAGAAAAUCACACAAAAAAAAAAACAAGAAACGAAAAAGGAAAUUUUUAAUUUUGUGUUUUUAUUCGGUCUUUUAUCUGUACCCUGGGCAGCUCCCAAACAAACAAAAAACAACUUAUAACUAUGAUAGUGCCGUAGUAUAUCCAUAGGGAAGAGAAGCCAGUAUAUGCCUGUAACUUUAGACUUUAUAAAUUUUAAAUUGUUGAUGCGAGAAGAAUCGAUGAAAAUAAAUCUUACAAUUACAAAUUAAACAUUUUAAAUGCAA